AUGGGCCAGCUAUAUGCUUUAACUCUUCGGAAACAACGUAGAGCUUCUGGGAAAAGAUCAACUACAGGAUGCCGAACCUGUCGAGCUCGCCAUGUGAAAUGCGACGAAAGCCCAGGGCUGUGCCAAAACUGCACCUCCACGGGGCGAAAAUGUGAUGGGUACGACCUGCACCGGCUGGGGGUCCAGAGCAAGAGGUUUCCAUGCCCGCAGCAAUUUGGAACUCAUUUUGGCUGGAUAACAACGGUAGAGGAGAGACAUUUCUUUUCCUACUUCCAGCAUCAUUCUAUCCCGAGUCUCGUUGGGCUCUCGGAUUCACCUCUAUGGCAACAGUUGGUUCUCCAGAUGAGCCACGCGGAGCAAGCCGCGUACCACGCAGUGAUUAUGCUGGGCGCUAUCCAUCAAGAGUCCGAGGAGAAUGGAAUGCGUCUGACCGGUGCGAAUCUCUACCGUAUGCGUCAUAGGUUCGCGCUAGAUCAAUCGUCGCGGUCCUUUUCCUUGUUAAACAAACGAAGCAAAUCUCAUGAUCCUCAAUUGUAUCAAGUUCUGCUACUGUGCUGCUUGGUUUAUAUCAUAUCCGAAAUCUUAUGGGGACACUACGAGAGCGCAAUCAAACAUCUAAACAGUGGACUAAGGGUCUUGAAAGAAUUCAAGGCAAACCGAUCUCUAGAAACCCCUGUUGAGCAUUUCCUGGCGGCUGAAUUUACCCGUCUGGAUGCCCAAGCUUCUCACUUCGGUGGUGGUCGGCCACAACUCCAUACAGACAUUGGCCUGGAUGAUAAACUACUCGAUUCAAGUUCGACUGUAGCAUUCUCGACUUUUACAGAAGUGCAGGAUGUUCUAAGCCACUUGUUAAAUGCUGGCAUUCCUUUCCUGGCUCAGUGCUGGAGAUUAUCACCACAACAAAUUAUACAGGAAUAUGCGGCGUUAUCUUUUACUCAGUUGAAACUCCUCUCCCGUUAUCAUGCAUUCAUGCACCGGUUCGAACUAUUCUGCAAACACUCAUAUAGAGACCUUAAUGAAAGAGAGAAGCGAAAAGCGGACCUAGUCCGAAUCCAGUGCUUCUCUCAGACUCUCCCGCUUAAAAUCUGCCUUCUACGCAGCGCUGUCCCAGAAGCUUUUAUACCGGAGUAUAUCACCUUAGUCUCGGCAGUUGAAGCUUGGUGA